AUGGAGUUGGCUGCCGCCUUGCGCUCCUCUCGUGGCCCCCAGGGCCCCCCGGCUCCGCCGCUCAUCCUUCCUGAGCUCUUCAGCUUCGUAGGCUCAGCCAAACCCUGCCAGCCUCCUGCGAUGGAGCAGCCCCUCCUCGCACCUCCGGCUAUAGGGACGCUGGUGGCACCCGGCGCGCCCCGCGGUCCCCCGCCAGGGCUGUGGAUGGCUCCGUGCGGCUGCUACUUCGACCCCCGUGUCUUUCACUUUGAGUGGGCGACCACCACCGCGCCGCCACCGGCCAACCCCCUGGGCUCCGCUUCGUUGCCCAACGUUGCCCCCGGGGCUCCGCAGAGCUGGGUGACCCCCCCGGCCCCACCGCAGCCGUUUGUGCCCUACAAACAGCAGGGUGGCGCCGUGACCCCGCUGAUGCCGUCGGUCCCUGACUUCCAGCAGCUGGAGGGGCAGAUCCAGCAGCUGAGGAUCUCAGAGGCACCUCCGAGUGGCAGCCCUGCUGUGCCCUCUGAUGGCAUCGUCCCACUCGAUAGUGACACCCCAAUGGGCACCUCCACCACCCCCGACCCUCAAGAGAUGGGGGCCAACCUGGAGAGCUUAGACAUCGAGCUGCCUGAUGAGGUGCUGCUGGAGGAGGCUGUGAGGCUCUUCAACUGCUCCCCUGAGAUGGAGGUGGUCAACCAAGACAACCCCAGCAGCGUCCCUAUGCUCGAAGACCUCGGGGAUCUUGCUGACCUCGACGAUAUCAUCUCCAGUCACGACAUGAGAUCGCUCUCGCUGCCCGAAGAGAUGCUCUCCUCUGACUACAGCAUCCCUGAAGCCUCCAGCAUAAUGCUGAGCGUGGAGCAGCUCGACAGCGUCCAGAUGAGCACCCAGGAGAUGCAGCAGGAUCUGACACCACCAGCUCUGCUGCUGUCACCACCGCAGGGCGAUGAGUUGCAGCCCAAAGCCAAGCUGGAAAAGAGGGGGAAAAAGCGACGAAACAGCUUCUUGCUGAGAAAGGGCCGCAAAUAGAGAGC